CGUACGUGCCGGAUCAUUUCGUGCAGAACCUUCAGAGACGUUGGUCGACAGAUUGAUAGAAACUGUGUAGUUAGUCCAUUCACAAAGUUGUUCCAUUAGGGACAAAAGAAAAAAACGGUUUAAACUAGAAAUUUGUGUACCCAGUAGGAAUCGCGUAUUCGGCCGAUAGAGGUCCUUCCUUUCGAAAAUGCGUGAAAUAGUGCAUUUGCAAACUGGCCAGUGCGGCAACCAAAUAGGCGCUAAGUUCUGGGAGGUAAUUUCCAACGAGCAUGGAAUCGAUGCGACCGGCGCUUUCCAAGGCGAUUGCGGUGAUCUGCAAUUGGAAAGAAUCAACGUGUACUACAACGAGGCAUCCGGUGGUAAAUAUGUACCACGCGCCAUUCUGGUCGACUUGGAGCCGGGCACGAUGGACUCGGUCCGCUCCGGCCCGUACGGUCAGCUGUUCCGGCCGGACAACUUCGCGUUCGGGCAGUCCGGGGCGGGCAACAACUGGGCCAAAGGGCACUACACGGAGGGGGCGGAGCUGGUCGACUCGGUGCUCGAUAUCGUGCGCAAGGAGGCGGAAGGGUGCGACUGUCUGCAGGGUUUCCAGCUCACUCACUCGCUCGGCGGCGGGACCGGAUCCGGCAUGGGGACGCUGCUGAUUUCGAAAAUUCGCGAAGAGUACCCGGACCGCAUCAUGAACACGUUCUCGAUCGUGCCCUCGCCCAAAGUGUCCGAUACGGUGGUGGAACCGUACAAUGCCACCCUGAGCGUGCACCAGCUGAUCGAAAACACGGACGAAACGUACUGCAUCGACAACGAGGCGCUGUAUGACAUCUGCUUCCGCACGCUGAAGCUCACCACGCCGACGUACAGCGACCUGAACCACCUGGUGUCGGCCGCCAUGUCCGGCGUGACGACGUGCCUUCGGUUCCCCGGCCAGCUGAAUGCGGAUCUGCGCAAGCUGGCAGUCAACAUGGUGCCGUUUCCGCGGCUUCAUUUUUUCAUGACCGGCUUUGCGCCGCUCACGUCCCGCGGCGCCCAACAGUACCGUGCGCUCACCGUGCCGGAGCUGACGCAGCAGAUGUUUGAUGCGAAAAACAUGAUGGCCGCGUGCGAUCCGCGCCACGGCCGCUACCUGACGGUGGCCGCCAUCUUCCGCGGUCGCAUGUCGAUGAAGGAGGUGGACGAGCAGAUGAUGAACGUGCAGACGAAGAACAGCAGCUACUUUGUCGAGUGGAUCCCGAACAACGUGAAGACGGCGGUGUGCGAUAUACCGCCGCGCGGGCUGAAGAUGUCGUCCACGUUCGUCGGCAACUCGACGGCAAUUCAGGAGAUUUUCAAGCGAAUUGCCGAACAGUUUACGGCCAUGUUUCGGCGCAAAGCGUUCCUGCACUGGUACACCGGCGAGGGGAUGGACGAGAUGGAGUUCACCGAGGCGGAGAGCAACAUGAACGAUCUCGUGUCCGAGUAUCAGCAGUACCAAGAGGCGACCGCCGACGAUGAAGGCGAAAUGGACGAGGAGGAGGAAGGUGGCGAAGACUGAAACUAAAGCUAAAUUGAACACCCUAAAUUAUGUGUAAAAUUUCUGCUAAGCAGCGGUGUUGGGGUCAAUAAAAAUGUUUUUUUCCACUCUA